AUGGGUACAGAACUAGAGUCGCUGAAUACGCUGUGUCGCGACCUCUACGAAAGUGUGGAUCAGGCAACACGACGACGCGCUGAGGAACGGUUCAAUGAUCUGGUAAAUGGCGAAGGAUGUCUGCAGCGAUGUAUGAUGUUGUUCGAGGAGGGACCGGUACCAUAUGGCCCUAUCGUUGCUGCAAAAGCUCUUACCAAGCUGUUAUCGGUGAAGACUGGAAUUAUGCCGUCCGAUCGCUUGAACAUUUGCCAUUACCUUCUGAGCUACUUGGGUACGCGUGCGCAACAAGUGCCGGCAUUCGUCAUCACCGAGCUUUGCCAGUUUUUUGCUCGCCUUACAAAGCUGGAGUGGGGCUACUUCGUCACCGAUACGGAGGAGUAUCCGUUCCGCACGCCGAUCUCCAGCAUCAUCAAGUCCAUCUCAGUGCAAAACAUCGGAGAGAGUCUGCUAGCGAUCGAGCUCCUUUCGCUGCUCGUCAUCGACAUGAAUUCGCCGAUCGGCAGCGAAUCGGUCUCCACGCACCGAAAGACAGCAGCACUUUUUCGAGACGACUAUCUCUAUAACAUCUUCAAAAUGUGCUUGGAGCUGCUGAAGGAACUGCAGGGCAAGCAGUUGAAUGAACAGGAGCUACGUCUGGCCAAUGCGGUCCUGGAUCUGAUGCUGAACUGCUGCUCCUAUGAUUUUAUCGGAAGCCUGGCAGAUGAGACUAGCGAGGACAAUUUUAGCAUGCAAAUUGUCCACAUCAUCGUCCAACUCGCCUCGAUUCGUCGCACGAUUUUCAAUGGCAACGAGAGACAGACUUAUCUACGCGAGUUGGUAGUGGCCAUCAAGGAAAUUAUUGAGAACUCUGCGAAACUGAACCAGGGAGCCUUCCACGAAUUUUGCCGUCUUGUUUCACGUCUGAAGACAAAUUUUCAACUUUGCGAAAUGCUGAAGUUUGACGAGUACGAGUCCAUGCUGCGCUUGCUGGUCGAGUUCACAAUUGCGAGUCUCAAGAUGACGGAUCUCUCGAACAGUACGUAUUUUCUGCUCCACUUCUGGUUCCGUAUGGUUACAUCGGUGCCAUACGUCAGGACACAGGACAAUCACUACAUAAACAUCUACUGCCCGGAGAUAUUCAAGGUGUACGUCGAGACACGGUUGGAGAAUGUGGCAAACGUCCUUCGCGAUCCUAAUCUGGACGAUCCGCUUGACGAUCAGGGCGCCAUUUUGCAGACUAUGGAGCAACUGGCCGUCAUUUGCAGGUGUGAUUACAAAAAGACCGGAGAAUUGUUGAUGCGCCACUUUGACGAAAAUGUCGAGGUUGCGCUUCGUGGCCCGGCACAGGACCCUAACGUCUUGAUCGCCGAAGGACGCUUGGCUUGGCUGCUGACCCUGAUGGGCACGGCAAUCUUUGGCAAAUCGACAGUCCAGAAUACCGAUGAGUUCGACGAAUUGGACGGAAAGCUGUUGCUCCGAGCUAUCCGCUACAUGCAAUGGAACGACGAACGCCUCGUUUGUCCGACAAACCCGAAUCUCAGCCCGGGAAAUGGAAAUAUUCGCCUUGAGGUCUCAUUCAUAUACGUGCUGGAGCAAUUCCGUCGAGCCUAUGUGAUGGAUCAAAUUCCGCGUGUAUCCUAUGUAUAUAAUCCGCUCGGCGAGAUUGGCAUCAAUGAGGAAACGGAUAUGCUGAAUGUCAUCGCCCGCAAGAUCAUUACGAACGUAAAAAUGUGGCCUACCAAUGCCCAGCUUCUCGAUUUGUCACUGUCACUCCUGAAAGAUCUCUCACUAGGAUACUCUGCUGUACGCAAGCUAUUUAGCCUUCCCGACAUCCAGCUGCUUCUGAAUAACCACACGGCAGAGCAUUUUGCCUUCCUCGGCUCAGGGAUUGACUAUGCGACGAUGAAGGAACGGACGACAUUCUAUGAGGCGUUGACCCGAUUGCUUACUUCAGAUAUGAACGACGAUGAAGUCAUCUUCUUGAAUUACCUUCAGCCAUUGACAGAGACGGCGCGAAAUCUAUGCGAGGUGAUGAAGACGGGCAACAUCCAGGUGAAUGAGGAUGAAGUCAAGAAAGCCCUGGUCGGUCUGUGCCGCGAUAUUCGAGGCGUUUGUUUGGCUUGUACAACGAAGCCUCUCUUCCAGAUGCUCGUCGAGUGGAUGCUACCUGACGUGUUCAACAUUCUCCAGUUUGCCAUUAACGGAUGGUACAAUAUUCCCGAGGUGACGUCGCCAAUCUUCCACCUGCUCUCGGAACUCUGCCAUAACAGGCAGCAACGUCUGAAGUUCGAGAUGAGCUCCUGCGUGACCGUUCUGCUGUUCCGCGAAAUCUCGCGCGUCAUUUGCAGCUGGGGCGAUCGGGUUCUCAACGCCGGCGCCAUCGCCAAGGACCGGCUAUACAAGGAGCGCUACAAGAACAUUGGCCUCAUCUUUCACAUUUUGAAGCAAGCCCUUGCUGGAGGCUAUGUCCCCUACGGUCUUUUAUGCCUCUACGGUGAUCGGUGUCUGCUGGACGCGCUCGACAUGUUUGUCAAGCUGUUCCAGACGAUCCCCGAGGAAGAGUUCCAUAAUUACACGAAGAUCACACAAAACUAUUAUGGCCUGCUGGAGAUGAUGAUUCAGGACAAUAUGUCUUACAUCAGCAACCUUGACCCUCAAGUGUUUUCUUCUAUUCUUCGCAGCAUCAUCAGCGGUAUUCUGUCGACAGAUGCUGUUGUCAUCACUGCGGCCUGCUCGGCUCUAGACAACAUAUUGGGGUGCAUCAUGAAACAGCUGAAAACGCCGACAUUGAACAAGAUUACUAUGGAAGCCGAGGGACAGAGUUGCAUUCGGGCGAUCGAGGCUAAUCCGCAUUUAUUGGCUGAUCUGCUCAACCAAGUAAUUCAAAUGUUCAUCUACGGCGAGGUGAAGUGCCAGUGGUCGAUGAGCCGCCCGUUGUUGGGAUUGAUCCUGCUCCAGGAGCAAGCCUUCAACGAGAUCAAAACAGACGUCCUUACGCAUUUCCCCUCAUCGCGCCGUCCCUCAAUGGAAAAGACCUUCUUCACGCUGAUGGAUGGUGUCGAGGCUGAUCUAACCACCAAGAACAAGGACACUUUCACCCAGAACCUGGCAAAGUUCCGCAAAGAAGUGUCCGAGGUGGCCAAGGGCAAGGACCUCUCUCCCGCCGCGUCGAACACAAACAUGGCUUUC